AUGGCGAGAGGGCUAGAUAUUCUGAAGGCCACCCUGCCCAAGGCCCCAACGGGGAGGAGGCCGAUUGGCUAUAGAGGAAACCACCAGCAUGGAAAGUCGCUGUACGACCCAGUCUACCCCACGACGAAGAUCCCAGCGAGCCUGGUGCCGCGCUACCCGAUAGACUGGCGAAACGGAGGCAGGUUCCUCUUGUGCGUUGGCCUCAGGAGGAUAGAAAACCGCCUCAUAAGACGGAUGAAGGAGAGCCAAGAUUUCAAUCGGCCAGAAUGUAAAACGUGUAGUCACGACUGCAUAGCGACGUAUAACCGAUGCCUAUGUGCCUGGUAUUGCAAGAACAAGUUCCGGCACGUCUAUCAGUGCGACCAGGCGUUGCUACAAUUCAAGGGGGAGACCCCAACGGACAAGCCGCUCUUUACUGUUCCGAGGUGGGUGGCCAAGAGGAACCCCGAGCAGGGAGUGGAGUACUCGUUCAGUGAGGAGACGGGGCGGUUUGAAAAUGGCCACGGGGGGGAGGACAUGUACAGCCGCUUUUAUAGGAAGCUGCGUUGUGGAAGAGCGGUUUGUGGAGGCGCUAUUGCCAACCCUGCAGAGGAGGGGCAGCUCUCCGGCUCGGACUCCGACAUGACGGACAGCGACGAGGAGGGGUAG